GUUGUUUCCCUUAGAAACGAUUACCGCCAUACUACAUUGUGUUUGUGAGAGGUUGCAGCAACAGAAUCAAAACACUGCAAAAUGCCUCCAAAAGCACCACCGAAGAUGAAACAGGCCCAGAAGGGAAAAUCUUCCAGACCAACUGGUAAACCUGGAAAGGAUGGAGAUGAAUUGACAGAUAUGGGAGACACAGAUGGGGAUGACUGGAUGAAUACAAAAACCUUGGUGAAACCAGAGGACCAACUUGACCUUAAUGAAGUGCAAUUGAAAGAAGAAUUUACUCGAAUUCUGACAGCAAAUAAUCCCCAUGCCCCACAAAACAUUGUCCGAUACAGCUUCAAGGAAAAACAGUACAAACAAACAUCGCAUGUGGACCAGUUGGCCAUCCAUUUUGCUUUGGAUGGCAACAUGCUACAUAAAGAAUCGGAUGAGGCAAAGCGACAGAGGGCUAAGCUAGGAAUUCCUGAAAGUGGUGAAGUAGCAGCGAGUGAAGGAGGGGAAGCAACUUCAGCAGCUGGUGCUCCUGCUGAGGGAGAAGAAGGAAAAGAUGAUACAACAACCACAGCAGGCGAGGAAACUGAGCCGGCUAAAGAGGGUGAACAGAGGGAUGAUGCCACCACCCCAGCCCCAGGUGCCCCAUCAAAGGGGGGUGAAAAAUUGACCAACCAAUUCAACUUCAGUGAAAGGGCCUCCCAGACCUACAAUAACCCAUACAGGGAGCGUGGGACUGCCACCGAGCCACCACCCAGAGCCACAUUUUCCUCCAACGUCACACAGUGGGAGAUAGCAGACGCUUACCAUGAAGACUUUGAAAAACAGAAAACUGAAAUCCUAUCCAGUCAGAAUUAUCUGGCUCUGAAAUAUGGCUCCAAGCGUUUCAGUGCAUUUUGGGAGAAGAGCAAAGAGAAAAAGACCAUCCCUGGAAGAAAAGAAGAAGAAAAAACUAGAAAGAAGUUGACUAUUACUGAAACACAGGGUGAUGACAUAUCCCGCAUUUCCAAGGCAACAAAGAUCGUAGAGCGAAUGGUGAACCAGAACACAUACGAUGACAUCGCACAAGAUUUCAAAUACUGGGAGGAUCCUUCUGAUGAAUACCGAGAUAAUGAAGGAACCAUGUUGCCUUUGUGGAGAUUCUCAUAUGAGAAGGCCAAAAAACUCGCAGUCACCUCUCUUUGCUGGAGUCCCAAAUACAAAGAUUUGUUUGCUGUUUCCUAUGGAUCAUAUGAUUUCAUGAAGCAGGGCAGUGGAAUGAUUCUGUUCUUUUCUAUGAAAAAUCCCUCCUUUUCUGAGUACGUUUAUGAAACAGACAGUGGCGUGAUGUGCUUGGAUGUCCAUCCAGAACACCCAUACAUGGUCGCUGUAGGUUUCUACGAUGGCAGUGUGGGAGUUUACAAUGUGCAGAAAAAAGAACCCGUCCAUAGAUGUACGGCCAAAAAUGGCAAACACACAGACCCAGUGUGGCAGGUUAGAUGGCAAAAAGAUGACCUUGAAAACAAUCAUAACUUUUACUCCGUGUCCUCUGAUGGUAGAAUAGUACACUGGACAAUUAUCAAGAAUGAGCUCCUGUUUGAGGACGUGAUUACCCUCACACUGCCUGACGCUCCCGCAGAGGGCCCAGAUGGAACCAAAAUUAACACCAUUGGAUGUGGAACAGCAUUUGACUUCCAUAAAAAGAAUGACUACCUGUUCCUUGUGGGGACAGAAGAAGGUAAAAUCCACCAGUGUUCCAAGGCAUACAGCAGCCAGUUUCUGGAUUCAGUGGACGCCCACAACAUGGCCGUGUACAAAGUGCGCUGGAACCCAUUCCACCCCAGGAUAUACAUUACAUGCAGUGCCGACUGGACCGUGAAAAUCUGGGAGGUCAGCAGCAAGACCACAGCAGACAAAAUGGAGGGUGCCCAAGUGGAGGCUCAGACUAAGAAACCUCUGUUUACUUUUGACCUUAACAACUCGGUUGGCGAUGUUGCAUGGGCCCCCUACUCUUCCACUGCGUUUGCUGCAGUAACAGCUGAUGGAAAGAUGUUUGUAUAUGAUUUAAAUAUCAACAAAUAUGAACCCCUAUGUGAACAAAUGGUAGCCCAGAAGAAGAAAACCAAGCUAACACAUAUAGAGUUCAAUCCCAAAGAUCCAAUUGUUAUAGUUGGGGAUGAUAGGGGAAAUGUUACAAGUUUAAAGAUAUCACCUAAUCUGAGAAAAUUACCAAAGGAAAAGAAAGGAGCACCCCCAAUGGACCCCAAGCAGAAAGAGGAAAAUGAAAUAGCUAAGUUAGAUAAAAUCUUAUCAAUGGUCAGGGAACCUAAUGAAGACAAGAAAUAAACAUCAUGUGACAAACUACUGGGAGGAAUUUGACUCUUCUGUGAAAAUAGACUUUGGAAGUGACCAAAAAUGUGAUGUCAGUAAAUUUUCUCCACAUUUGGACAUAUCCAUGGAAUUUGUCAAACUUUGCUUUAUGUUCGAAAAUCAUCAUUGUCGAUGUAUCGAAUGUGUUAAAAUGAAGUGAAUUGGUUUAAACUAUUUAUUGUGUAUUUUUCAAAUGACAGUAACAUUGAAGUGAAUUGGGAUAUUGUUAUGAUGCAAUAAUUCUGACAGAUAAUUAUUACAAUUUAAUGCAUUGUGUUAGUAUAUAAAAUGUGAUAUGCAUGUACUAAGCAUUUUAAAUUUAUAUUUUUAUUAAAAUAAAAUCAAUGAAACACUUA